AGUGCUUCGAACAUGAAAAGCGGAAGUUGUUGUUCACAGACCAACUUGUGUUCUAAUGUAAUCUUUCUCACAGCCAGUACAUGCAUCAUGCGUGUAAUUAGUAAUAUACAGAUACCGUUUCUUUAAUCUCGCUGAUACGACUGGUUGCAGUUGGGUGCCCAGGUGGAGCUGUGAUCUGCAUUUGCCUACGGUCUGAGCUCUUGUCUUUCUUGCACUAUAACUCUGAACCCUUGUAUGACCUUCAUCUCUCUGGCACCCACAUGAGCGCAGCGUUCUAUUCCCGCUGGGCCGAGCGCCAUGCCUGACCGGGAUAGCACCUACCUGGCAGGUGGCGGCGGGGGUGGCAGCGGGAGCGGUGUGGGCACUGGGGACGAGGGAGGAGCCGGGACAGGUUUGGGUGGAGGUGUAGGAGAGGGCAGAGUGACGGUGGUGGGCGGAUCAGCGGGCUGCACAGGGGGUAACGGGGGUCCUGGGGCCAUGGGAGGCGGCGGGGCAUUAGGAAACGGCAACAGCUGCAGCGGAGCCAGUGGUGGUUUGGGACUGGAUGGCGUUUGCCGGGACUUUUUGCGCAACGUGUGCAAGCGUGGCAAACGCUGCCGCUUCCGCCAUCCAGACUUCAAUGAGGUUCCCGACUUGGGUGUGCAGAAGAAUGAGUUCAUCUUCUGCCAUGACCAUCAGAACAAAGAGUGCGUGCGCACCAACUGCCGAUUCGUGCACGGCUCGAAGGAAGACGAGGACUAUUAUAAGAAAACCGGAGAGCUUCCACUUCGGCUCAGGGGGAAGGUGGCAGCCGGAUUGGGAUUGUCUCCGACCGACCUCCCGUUGAGCCGCGGAGAGGUGCCCAUUUGCAGGGACUACCUGAAAGAAGAGUGCCAGCGGGGCAACAAGUGCAAGUUCCGACAUGUCAGGAAGGACUACGAAUACGAGGCCUCGCCCAGGGUCGGUGUGGGAUGCAUGAUGAGUGUCACCGGUGGCGUGAGCGGGAUGGUGAACGCUGGUGGGGGGGGUGCGGUUGGUGUCGGUGGGGCCUGCGGUGGGAUGUCUGGCCUGGUUGGCGGCGGCGUGGGAAACUACAUGGGAAUGGGAUGUCCCAGCAUGGGCGUAUGCAGAGACCAGGGCCUGUCGGUUGGAGGUGGAGGUGGGGGCUCGAUGAGCAGCUGUAUGUCGAUGGGGACAGUGGGUCAUCGGCGCUACGACAGGGGCCCCUGCUCCGUCUACGACCCCCUGUUUGAAAAUGGCAUGUUUGAAGCCGGGCCGGUGGAGGCCCCCGUUGACCACACGGCCUUCCAGCUGAAGAGACGGCGUUUGGAUGGGCUGCGGUUGACCGAUGGGACCAGCAGUGGACAUUACGACCUGGGGGUUCAGACCACCCUGCCAAUCCGACCGAUAGAGUAUCGCUUACUAGAAGAGGAGAACGCCCUACUGAGGAAAAGAGUGGAGGAGCUUAAGAAACAGGUAUCCAACCUGAUAGCCACCAACGAGGUGCUUCUGGAGCAGAACGCUCAGUUUCGAAGCCAGGCUAAAGUAAUGACGCUGUCCUCCACCCCUGCUCCGUCUGAACAGAGUCUGGCGCCCCCUGUUGGUUCUGUGAGUUCCUACAACCAUGGCAUUGCCCAGACACACACCACUCUGAGCAGUGCUGGUCUGCAGCCCCGUCCCGUCACUCAACAAGAUCUGGUGGCCUCGACCGGUGCACCGACCGCCCCUCCUUCUAAUGCUGCGCCCCCCUCCGCACCCCCUCCACAUCUGAACCCCGACCCCAUCUCUGCCGCCCUCGCUCAGACUAUCGCCCAGGGAUUGGCCCCUCCUGUUUCAAUGGCCCCUGUUGCUGUUUCGGUGGCGCCGGUGGCCGUGUCCAUGGCACAACCUUUGCCGGGCAUCACGAUGAGCCACGCGACCACACCGAUGGUGACGUACCCCAUCGCCAGUCAGAGUAUGAGGAUCACCACCAUGCCUCAUUAAUGAGGGCACACUUCAGCAAUAUAUACAUGAAACAAAUAACAAACUGCAAAUCAAAGCAACUCUGCUGACACCAGUAAACCAUGGGAAGUUUCUCAGGUGAAGGGUCGGUUUUGACUGAAUGAACAUACAGAUUUC